AUGUUGGACAUGGGCUUCGAACCACAGGUCCGGGCGAUUUGCUCCCAAAUUCGACCAGAUCGUCAGACGCUCAUGUUUUCCGCCACCUGGCCGAAAGAAAUUCAGCGACUUGCAUCUAACUUUCAGCGGGACUGGAUUCGCAUUCACAUCGGCAGUACGGAGCUACUGGCGAACAAGGACGUCACCCAGAAUUUCAUUCUGACUCAGGAAUCAGGUAAGUUCGACGAGUUGAAGAAGCUUAUGGAGAAACACCGUAACACCCGUGUCCUCGUGUUCUGCAAGACGAAGAAAACUGCAGAUUAUCUCGAGUAUCAAUUAAAACGCAUUGGCACGGAUGCGAUGGCUAUCCACGGGGAUAAGGAGCAGCGACAACGGGAAUUCAUUCUCGAACGCUUUCGACGUGAUUCACGACUCUGUCUGGUGGCUACCGACGUAGCGGCACGUGGCCUGGAUAUCAAAGAGCUUGAAGUUGUUAUCAACUAUGACUUUCCAAUGCAGAUCGAUGAUUACGUCCACCGUAUCGGCCGCACAGGCCGUGCUGGAGCCAAGGGUGCUUCUUACACGAUGAUUACCAAACAUGAGCAGCAAAUAGGCCCUGAUACCAUUAAAGAGCUCGUUAAGAUUCUCGAACGAACCCAGCAAACGGUGCCGACCUGGAUGCAGGAGUGGGCAGAUGCACGAAAUUUCCGCUACUCUGCACCGAAGCGUAACCGAAAUAUGAUGGGAAAUUUCGGUAGCGGACGGCGCGACGCCCCGAGGCUUCGCAUGCCGGGUGAAGCUCCUUCUUUCAACCCCCAAGGAGGAAACAGUGUAAGUGGGGGUAAUUGUUUUGGUCUUGGUGCUCGUGAUGGCACGCAAGCUUUCAAGGGCACUGAAAAUUCGUAUUACAAAAAAUUUGUGGACAGUGACGAAGACGAAAACCCCGUAGUUCCUCCAAAGCGUGCCAGACAGCAAGUUUGA